AUGGAUAAAAACAAGAACUCAACUCAACAAAAUUCAUCAGCUGCAAGACAAAGACGAAGAGGAGUUAUAGCAAACAAGAAACAAUGCAGUAAGAUUCCAAAUCCUUCCAGCAGUUCAUCUAUUUCUGGUAUGGAUUCUACAUUGAAAGAUGUUGCUGAUUUUUCUGACAUUAGCACAACAAAAUUGAACCAACUCAAUCAGACCACACGCAAUUACUUUCAUAACCUUGGUAAUACAUCCAAUGCAUGUCAUUUGAAUAUUCCUAAGUCAGCUCCUAAUUUGAAUAUUCCUAAGUCAGCUCCUAAUAGGCAAUUUAUAUUUCAAUCAACUGGAAAGAACAUAAACAAAAACUUUAAUGAUAUAGUUAGACUAAUUGCUGCUAAUGAAUCAACUCCUCAAGUAGGUAGCAAACGACAGCCAUAUUAUUGGAACACUGUUGAUGAUAAUCUAAAUCCUGAUGUCAUUUAUACUCCUCCAACAAACACAGUGAACUUUCACUCCACAAAAUCUUCAAACAUUGCAACUACUUCACUCCACACACAGGUCUUAAAUUCCAAAUCCUCAACUCCUACUGCAAAUGUUCCUUUUGCUGACAUUACAAAGAGAUCACAAAAUAAGGUCAGCAAUUGCUCUACAAAUAUCAUGAGGCCACAUAAUAAUACAAACCAACCAACCUUUACAAAUUUUGGGAAUGACAUACCUCAUAGACAAUUUGUUUUUAAAUCUACUGGAACUAAUCUCAUGAAAAACUUUAAUGACACAGAAAACAUAAAGGGUUCAGAUAGUUUACAUUCUCAAUUAGGUUGCAAAAGAAAGUCACAAGAACAAAAAUUUGGGAAUGAAAAUGUAGCUGUCAACAACCUACCUACUAAUUCAUUAGAGACCUUAAGUUUGUUCUCCAAAAAAGCCAAAAUUUCACACUUGAACUCCAGUACUAUUUCAACUUCUGCAAGUUCUCAACAAUGUCAAACCAAUGAUUUUGCACCAAAUGCACAAACUACAUAA